CUUCGAGAGAGAGGGAGAAGGCGAGAGAGGGGGCCGGAGUGCCCUGCUCGGAGAAAGUGAAAGGAAAGCAGUGAGGAUAAUGGGCGCAACUCUUGGAUGAGCAGACAAACUACUGCGACACAACAGCAAGCGUGACUCUGAAUGAUCGCGGUGGCACCAUGACAUCUUUGACAUACAUGACCUACGCGUUUGUCUUCGUGUUCCUCAACGUAAUGCGUCCGUCGGAGGAGAUGUGUAUGGACUAUCUGGAACUGGAUAAAUGGAAGGAAAAUAAACUGGCAGAACACUUUGACGUGGUGAUUACUGAAGAUCCCAAGGACCAAAUUAUCUGUACUUACCAGACGACGUGCAUUCAGAGGCCGGAAGACCCAACGUGUAUAAUGCUAGGCGAAUGCUGUGGACCGGACAAAUCUAUCUGUGAAAAUGUAGCCAACAAGACACUGCCCGAGUGCGAAAACCGAUCUUCUGUGAAAGUCCCUUUCUUUCACAUCCUGUGUUUGAUAUCCCAACAGCUCCACAAGACUUCUAAAGUCUGCAACUACAAUCACAUGCUCCCAAAAGACAAAAUACUCCCAGAAACACCAUGUAGUGUUUCCAAUCCGACAACAACACAGACCACAACAACAACAAUAACAACAACAACAACACCAACAGCAACAACAACACCAACAACAGCAACAACAACACCAACAACAACAAUAACAGCAAUAACAACAACACCAAGACCACCAACAACACCACCAACAGCAACAACAACAACAUCAACAACAACAACAACAACAGCAACAACAACAACAACAGCAAUAACAACAAUACCAAGACCACCAACAGCAACACCAAAACCAACAACAACAACAGCAAUAACAACAACACCAAGACCACCAACAGCAACACCAAAACCAACAACAACAACAACAGCAAUGAUAGCAACAUCAGAGCCAACAGCACAGCCGAUAGGUCCGAGCACGACUUCCCAUCCCAACGUUUCCAAUCUGACAGCAACACAGAAUGAAACAACUCUGCCAGAAAUGUCAACAACAACAACAACAACAACAGCAACAGCAACACCAAACGCAAGGAUAGCAAGUCCCACUGUUCUAGAAGCUAAGAACGAGGACCUGCAGAUUCUUUUAUGGGUGUCUCUGGUCUUCCACGUCAUCAUGCCAGUUGCUGUUUACCUCUUUAUGCGCCACCAAUGGAGGCGGGACAAGGCGUCCUACAUGUACGAUGGGAACACAGCAGAGAACGAACACAUGGUACAGGUAGCCACCCCGCAAGCAUUAGUGAACUGCAACGAACACGGCGCACAAUCACUCCAGGUGAAUAUAAGCAUGAAUCCAUGAGCUCCUCCGCGUUCUGCAGACAGCAAACCUGGUCAGGUAUUACGACGACGACCCGCUCUCAGGAACCACCACCCACCUCUAGCGACGUUGUUCACACUUGCAUGCUUGAUGUCUACAUGCACGGAACAAGGUGCCUGGAUUCCCGGGAGGAUCGGCUCUGUCUCGGGACCGUUGUAAUGGGGCGGCGCGGCGAGGAGUUCAGACAGGAUCGUAAUGGCCUGCAGCAGAGUUGUCGGCCCAGAGCAACACUCGCAAAGGGUGCCGGCUGUCGAGCACGACGCGCUGCGGUUACGGUGUUGUGGUGUUUCACGUAUCUUAAUCAUCUGCUCAUUUAACCUGCCGCUCUUCAGUUUUGCUUUUCAGUGAACCAUUUGCAGCUUUUUGGUAGCUGGUUUUCCAGAGUUUCUUUUUACAAAGUGUUCACGGAUAAACGGUGCAGAAGGUGAAGUAAAGUUCUCCAGAUAGUGGGCCUCCAAAGACAUUUGUCUUCUUUAAAAGUGCUGUUUAUAAUUUUAUAUCAGUAAAUAUAUAAUCCAAAAUCAACUUAUAGGAAGGUCAAGAUAAGCUUGUAUGGUGCCUUUUUUCUUCUACCAAAUGUAUUUAAAAAAUGUGAAUAUAUUUGUUUGUUUUUUAACAAACUAGUAUUGUGACGUUGUCUCUGGUUGUAUUGUGUAGAGGUUUUUUUAAACUCACAGAUGGGAUCAAUGAAUGGAUUGAAAGCUGCUUUAGAUGAGCCAGAGGCUGGCGCCUACACAUUACUAUUUGAAUUACACAUCAAAACAAUCAAGGAGAGAACAUUCAGAGGGCGUUGGUCACUUAUUUAGCGUCCAUCCUCUGAGGGUCAUCUUAUCUCUUGUAAUUGUUUUUAAGUGUUCCGGUCCUUGGAAAAGACCAAAUGUUUUUUAAUUAUUAUUUUUUUAAGGUGAACUUUUUGGAAAGGAAGACUGGAGUAUUUCUCAUUUUGGCAGCAUAUUUUGUGAAACGCCUUGGGGAAAAAUAUUAAUCAGAACAUUUAAGCUAUGUCUGAUCUGUGUAUUAUUCAACUCCUGUGUCCUUUUGUCAACGUUGAAGAAAUGUAAUCUUACUAAAGGUCUUGAAGAGUUGUUUAGUGAUUCCAGCUGCUUUUAGACUGACUCGGCAUCCGCCAAACUGCUUGUUCCUCCCUCCCUGAGAGCAAGAUAACAACUCUUUGCUCUGUCAGCUCCUAAAUGGUGGAAUGAGCUCUAUGAGCCAUCUGUUUCUGGAAACUAAAGUCUCACCUCUUCAGACUUUUUCUAUACUAAAAGCAAUAACGAAUUGGAUCACUUGAAUUGUACGUAUAAGGGCUUUAUCUAUAGCAAGUUUUAAAUCGACGUAUUUAAUGAAAUUGCACUUUGUUGUUUCUUGUUCUUCUGAGAUUGUAUCCUUUUAUGGAUGAAAUGCACUUAUUGUAAGCUAAAUGACAUGUAAUGUAAUUCUGAUGGCUUUGGUUCAAAGAAAAAUGAGACUUUCUAUGUAAAUGUCAUUGGCAGCUUCCAGGGAUUUGGUUCAGCAAACGAGGGCAAAUAAAGUCGUUUUAAA